AUCUCCCAUGAUGCAGCACGAGAUGAGUCUCCUUCAAACAUCCAAAAUGGCAAAGGUAACAAGAAUUAUGGAGAUAUGGAGGAACUUUCUUGUCGGACGUACUCUCAUAGUUCCUCACCGAUAUGCUGACAAAAUGGUCAAAAGGACUCAGCCAGAUCCAGACUUGCCUGAUGGACCAGCACACAAAUUGAGUGCAAAUUAUUAUUACGACAGGGAUCUUCGUAGGCAAGCUGCUCCACCUAAAGUAGUCUACAGCCAGCAAAAGCUAAUUGAAACCAAAGAGGAAGAUAGGAACCUGGAACAUAGUAUACCAACAGCAAAGUUACCUGGACACGCUUAUCUUCCUUAGUAAAGAUAAAAAACUUUUAAUAUACAGUACAAGUUUUUUCUAUAAUGGAUAAUCACAGGACUAAUUUAGGAAAACUUGAGUUUCGCCAAUUUCCUAAAAUUACUGUACUAUCUUGUGUUUCAAUGUUUCCAAUGUACAUAUUGACAUUAAAAAUCAUCAUUAACUCUUAA